CUCCGGGGCGCAAGGCGCCUGGUCAGCCAGAUUCGCGCAGACCGCCCCCGAAACAACAUUUGACUUUGACCGCCUUCGCUCAAGCGUGCAGGAUGCCGUGCAACACUGAGUGUGCGCUCCAAUCAGCUGUCGUCUUGCCAUAAUCAUCACGAAGAAACCAAGGGCUUCAAGUUUAGCAGCAGCGCGCAUGCUGAGCGCAACAGUGAGCACCAUCAGUCUACAUGGCAGGUAUCAGGCGUCUACACGAGGUACCACGAACUGGCCAGGUCUUCUCCUCCGCACAAGUGCCCAUUCAUACCCAUACCAUACAUCAUUAGGUCUACAGGCGACUACCUUCACCAUCGGGAUAGAAUUGCGCUUGCCGUUUAUCCGCUUUGAAUUGUUGGAGAGCUCGAGGAGCACUAGGAUAACCCCUUCCCUCUGCAUCGUCCAGAGACACUCAGGCCCUCGAUGCCGAAUCUACUUUACAGAGUCUCGUCAUCCCAAUGUGGUCCUCUGUCUUCGACUGGACCUGCGCGCUCCAUCUUGCUGCUGUCUGCUGUUGCUGUUUGAGAUGCAUAUACCAACUGCCACCUCUUUCUCAUUGCCGUAUAAACGAAUGCCGGCAGGUUGUCAAAAACCCAAUUUGUUUUUGCCCCUGCACCUUUGCUCCGAGAACUCCGUGAGCCCAAAAUGUUGCUCAUCCCCAAAGGAAUCUAGAAUGCCAAAAGAUAACCAGAUGCCAUGCCAUGCCAUGCGUACUAGGGUCAUGUGCUCUAUAUACACAGCGCGUCUCGAGAUGGCGCACUGCGUAGAAACAAGGUCGUUAAAAAUGACUGUCGGCAAAGCCGACAAAGCCCGAGGCUGGUGAGAAUUGAAGAAACGAGAAGUCGGUAGCCCUCCAAGAAGCCGCUUGGUU